AAUUAUGAUUUAGAUACCACAGUAACUAAGACUUCAUCAAUGCGUAUUAUACAGUUUACUUGGUCCACCCUAAUGAUUCAAGAAUCGCUGAACAAUUGCUAUUCAGCGAUCGGAUUUCAUCUAUUGUACCCCUCAAGCUUUUAUUCUAGCUUCAGUUCUGCUUUACAUGUCUUUGAAGACAGUUGCUCCAAUAAAAAAUACAAAAUCCAGCUAGUGCCAUAUUUAUAUAAGGAUGAAUCAUUUCGAUGUGCUUUUUAUAGGUUCUUAAUCGAGUCAUGGAUGUUACAGACUUGGACUGCAAACUAAAAGAGGCAGAGAAAAAAAACUUAGAACUAAUUCAGAAGUUAAGUGAACUUGCAAUCAAACUGAUAAUAAGAGAUGAGCGAAAUGCCGAGCUAGAAUCCCUAGUCAAACACGAUGAAAAGGAUGGGAUUCGAAUAAUAAGACAUUCGGGAGUCGAAGACUUUGAAGCCGCUUUUGAAGAUAUUGCCUCUACCCAGUGCUGCCAACUUUUGACUAGCAAAAAAAGCUGUUUUAGACGGGAAGUAUGGAGGAAAAAGCCAAAAAAAUUAUUUAAAAAAUCCAAAAAAAAAGCUAAAACAAAUCUAUCGGGAACUGACACUUUUAGUCAAAAAGUAAUGCAAAAAGUACAAAUUUUCCGUAGUACGCAAAUUGGCAGCCAUGCCUCUACCGGUCCAGAAUGGAUGGUAAUCCAGCGUCGCAUCGAUGGGUCUGUAUCCUUUAACACGCUGAACUUCAUGCACGAUAGAUGGUUUAAGCUUGGAUUUGGAGAUCUUACAAAAGAAUUCUGGAUUGGAUGCGAAAAGCUGCAUAAGUUGACUACAAGUCGUAGACAUGAAUUGUACAUUCAAAUUGUCGAUUUUGAAGAUGCCAUUGCCUAUGCUAGAUAUGAUAACUUUGUGGUUGGAAGCGAAGACGAAGGUUACGCCCUCAAGUCCCUUGGAGAAUACUCAGGAACUGCUGGUGAUGCACUGUCUACCUCUAUUCAAAAGAAAUUCGUACACUCUGCCUGUUUUUAUGAAUUUUACGGCAGAACCUUUCAUUGGUCUUGGUGGGACAAAUCUCAAUGCAACUUAAAUGGCUUUUACCAUGCAACCUCAAUGAACCUCUCAGACGUAAACGGAAUUUGGUGGAGUAAAUGGAAUGAUAGGGGCAGACUUAAUCUCAAGUCGUGCAAAAUGCUCAUCCGACCCUACCAAAUGGAGUGAACGAACUAUUUUUUGGAACAUUUUUAACUUUGCAAUUUAUAAUUUCAUAAAUGUUUUAUAAAU